UGUUCGCUCGCAUGUUGUUUCGCUCUCCCCACAUACCCGUUAGACUACCCUACCUUCCCUCCGUCUAAUCCUCCUCUCUUCCCCGACAUACUACCCCCAGCCCAGCGCUGCACCCACGCUCCUUAUGGCCAAGCUGCUCAACCCGGCGAACGUGCCUGACCCAGGCCGCAUCUCCCAGAUUCUGCCCUCCGUCAAAUGCUCAAAUUGCGACCAGCCCGUCCCCAUCCACGAGCUUGGAGACCAUGUCUGCCAGCCCGUGCCUCCCAUGCCCACCUUCAAGUCCCUCGUUUCCCCCCUCUCUGCCAUAGAGCGCGACCCGCAAAAGUACCACUCCCAGCAGUCCAUGCUCGCCCCGAGGACCGUGCAGGCCCAGCAGCCCGUCACUUCCCACCAGGUGAGCGCACCAAACGCCCAUGCCAGUCUCUCCAGCGCCCCGGGCAGCCCGCGGACGCGCCCGCGCGCUCCUUCGACAAGCUCGUAUCGCAGUACGCGCACGCCUGAGCCAGACUCAAGUCGUUCCAACUAUGGUGCGUCCCGAACCCCCUUUCCGUCGGGGCCUGCAUCCCCCGAGUCCCAACGCAUGCGAUCCCCUCUCGCUGGCACACCACCCCUGCCAACGGAUGUUCCCUUCCCCACUGCACGGAGCCCUUCCGUGUCCUCGCGGUCACCAACGCCAGGACGAGGCUACCCUAUGGCGGAUGCUCUACAACCACCCCGGACACCAUCAACACCGGGAUUCAGGGCCACCCCACCACCCUCUCUAGCCCGCCCAGUCGCCCAUUCCAGUCCGGCACCCUCACCAUAUGCGCCCCAACCCCAACCUCCCGUUGCACAGCAGCGAACACCAGGUCCCCCGACACCAUCUCAGUUGUCUGCCCCUCCGGGGCGCGGCAGAGCAGCGAGCAGCGCGCCAACCGACGAGUUCGAAGUCAUCUAUUCCACCAGCAAGAGCAACAACGGCCCCGCUUCUGCGCAUGCGUUCCCGCCUCGCUUCCCGCCUAAUGCGACCGACCCGGGCAUGCCACCACCACGGCAGCGUAUGCCGUCAACAUCAAGUCUUCCCCCCGCUCAACCGCCGAUGCGCGCGCGCGCACCCUCCACAUCGAGUGUCGGCGCGCGAUCGCAGACCCCCUCCGCGCCCGGCAGGCCGCCUUUCGACCGGCGGCCAUCCAACUUGGGCAAUGGAUCUCCCCCGCCUAUGCCCCCCUCUACACCGGGCCCUCCCCGCGUGUCUACAUCGACGCCGGGGCCGGGUGCCAUUCGCUCCCCCGUUCCCGAUAUUGACACGAAAAUCGGAGGGGAAGCCGGCAUGGCGGGUGUGGGGAGGAGAGGAUUCGCCGCUGCAGCGCAUGCAGCCAUGUUGACUGUAGGCAUGGUGAGGCAUACGGGCGCGGCGUCGCCGUUCAUGGAUCAGGCCCAGGGCAUGGAUGGUAGACGAGCUCAUGCACCGAAGUUUGUUGAUGUCGUUUCCGCUGCGCAGUAUGGCUUGGGUGCUACUCCUCCUUUGUCUCCGGCCACUCUUUCGCCCCACUCGCAGAAGUCUCCUGUUUCUCCAGGCUAUUCUCAGUCACGCACACAGCCUACGACCCCCACCAGCCCCAAUCUCGCGCUGAACGUCUCUACCUCGCCCAGUCCGCGCCUAUCGAGAGGUUUGUCUAACUCCUCCCAACGAGACCGCUUCGUCCCUCCAGCUUUGGAGCCCCCGAAAGUACCGAUACCCGCUGUACCCUCGAUUCCCACCGCACCGUCCACGCCCAGGCUGCCGUUCUUUGAGAAAUUCAAGGCACAGCAGCCACCAUCGGACAGCCCCGAACCGAUAUCUCCACGCCCGCCUUCUCCCCCAUUCGACUCAGAUUCGGGCUCCGAGUAUGGCGGCUUAGCCUACGCGGACGACGACGACGAAGAGACGCUCCCCUCGCCCAAGCUACCGCCAAUCAACACAUCCGUGCCCCCUCAAGCGGGGCCCUCCAGCGGGGGCAAGAUCCGGUUUCCGUCCAUGGCCUCCGAGUCACAGUACUCUGUGACGUCGCCGAGCUCACCGCCAAUGCCCCGCCGGACGCUCUCCGACUCGCGCGCGUCGCGCGGACCUGCUAAGUCGACCGGCGCCCUGGACCGUGUGAUGGAGACGCUGUUCGAGGAGGCGCCCUCGCCCCUGAGCAGCCCGCCGCCCAAGACUGCACCGCUCCUGCCGGAGGGCCAGCGCGAUAGCCUGAACCGCCCGCCGAAGCUGCCUGUGCGGUCGCAUACAAGCCCUACGUUGGGGAAGACCGGGAAGGGCAGGCAGAAGGAGAGGGCGUGUGCAAGGUGUACGAGGGGUAUUGACGAUGGGAGGUGGAUUCAGAUGGAGGGCGGGAACGUGCUAUGCGAUCGGUGUUGGAAGAAUAUGUAUUUGCCGAAGUGCCGAAGGUGUAACCUCACGAUUGAGAAGCAGGCGGUGUCCUCUUCUGAUGGCCAGCUUAAGGGCAAGUACCACCGCGAGUGCUUUAAUUGCCACAAGUGCCAUAAACCGUUCCCGGACAAGACAUUCUACGUCCUGGACGGGAAGCCGUUCUGUGCCUAUCACUAUCAUGAAGCGAACGACUCGUUAUGCGCCGCGCCCUCGUGCGGGCAGCCGAUCGAGGGCCCGUGUGCGGUGUCCCACUCGGGCCAGCGGUUCCACCCCGAGCACCUCCUGUGCGAUCACCCGCGCUGCACGGAGCGGCUCGUGGAGUACUGGGAGGUGGACGGGCGCAUGCUGUGCGAGCGGCACGCGCAGGGGGCGAUGGAGGAGGCGGCAGAGGAGGACGACGAGCUGGACGACCUCGCGGCGGUUAUGGAGGGCGUGCGGGAUAGCGUCGCCAUCCGCGGUAUGAAGCGCAUGACGAGGUUCAUCGACCUGGGGCCGAGCGAGCUCCGGUAGCGGAUGACGGGAUGAAAUAAUGGGCUCCACCGCUGUCGCCGUCGUCGCGAUGUGGGACCGGUGCGUGUGACAUACCAAAUGCAUGUUCAUGGCUUAUGCUGGACGGACACGGGUGCGGACGGACAUCCCCCGUCUGGCAGCGACGCGUUCACCUACCUACACAGUCUCUAUUUUCUCUGUUUUCUUUUGGGUUUCCAUUGACAUUGACAGUUCUUGGCUUGGUCGGACCACACAUAUGCACAUCAUUGUAUCUCGAGCAUCUCUAGCACCUACUUUCUCUCUGCUUAUUCGUUCAUGUCACACUAUUACUAGUAGUCCUGCCGAACCUGUGAGUAGGAGGGUCCGGGACGCGUUCAAAGACACGCAACCACGUUGAAGGGGCGUUGGAGGAGUAGUAGCACUCGCGCGGUCUGUAAUUCA